ACGAUAAAUUAUGCUCUGAGACCCUGUCUCUCGUUCUACAGCAUCGCAGUCAAAAUGAAUUUCUUUAUCCCUAAUGAAGUCAAACGCGAAGGCAUUUACCUUCAACACCAGCUCGGGCCGCCGCUAAUCCACCAGCAGCACCACCAACUGCCGCAGCAAGCCCAACAUCAGCUGCUCGGGUUUCCGCACCCGGGAAUGAUAGUCAACCUAAAAAAGGAACAGUUUGAUCCAUACGAGAAGGUGCCGGAUGGUCAGGCACACAACCAACAGCACGUGCUCCAGCUACAGCAACAGGCCCAGAUGGUAGGGUUGCAGCAGCAUCUUUCGGCACAAAUGCAAUCCCAGCUUGCUGCGCAACAACAGCAACAACAACAGCAGCAGCAACAUCAGCAACAGCAACAGCAACAACAACAGCAACCGCCGCAGCAGCAACCGCAACAACAACAACAACAAACACCUCAGGCGCAAUCCUCAACGGCUUCGACUGCCUCGACAACGACAACGACAACCACCACUACGACUGGCACGGGUAAAAAGAAAAAGAAAGGCAAAGCCAAUCGAAACAUAGUUAUCCCGCAGCUACCGGAAGGGUUCAUCGUUAAAGUGAAGGAAGAAUACACGGAGAACUACGUGCGCACCGUGACGAAAAUCCCCGAAGUAUGGUGGAACCAGGAGCAGUUCAUCCGUACGGUUAAGUCGCCCGGCAAGAAGGAGCGCAAGUACCACGACUAUAACGCGGUCAGUGAACACCAGUGUGACGUGUGCGGGAAGUAUUUCAAGGAUAAGUACAAGCUGAACUACCACGUGCGCAUACACGUGCCGGAGCUGUCGCACAGGUGCGACGUCUGCGGUAAAGUGUUUGCGCACCAAUCGACGCUGCAUAAUCACAAGCGCAUCCACACAGGUGAGCGAGCGUUCAAAUGUCUAACGUGCGGUAAGGCAUUCGUGCAAUCGUCGGCAUUGUCGAACCAUACCAAGAUUCACACUGGCGAAAGGCCGCACGAGUGCCUGAUCUGUGGCAUAAGUUUCAUUCAGAAGAUCAACCUGAUCUACCACAUCCGCAUACACAACGGCGAGCGUCCGUAUCGGUGCAACAUCUGCCAAAAGUCGUUCAUCCAGCAGAGCCAUAUAAAGAACCACAUGAAGGUGCACAAGAAGGACAACCCGCUCGAUUGCAGCAUGUGCGGCAAGAACUACAGCGAUCUCAACGAGCUGACCGAGCAUUACUCGUCGCAUCACACUGCCGAGCUGACCUACCGGUGCCAAGCGUGCGGCAAGUCCUUCGCCCAGGCAAACCAUCUAAAAAUACACAAGAAAAAUUUCUGUAACAGCAAGUCGAACUAAGUUCUUACCGUUUACCCUCGAACCCUUACCGUUGUCCCGUACUUCAGUUCCAGUUAUCUAUUUUGCUUUAUUUCACGCAUUUUCGUGUGUUGUUCACACACUAAAGAAGAACCUUCCUAUGUUUAGUGUACACUCACUAAAGGCUUAAGCGACGGUCUGCUGCACUGUCUGCCCGGUGACCCAAUCGCACUAGUUGGGAUAGUGAACGGAAACCCAGAGCAAUUUGCAAUGUGGAAUGUUAUUUCAUCUUCUGCUAACAUUAUUGUAUGUCGUUUAUGUUUUAGUUACUAGCACAAAGUUCAAAGUAUCGUUAUAAACAUGGCAGGAGCAGCAGCAGUAAACCAAUAUAUGCCAGAUGUUAUCAUAAAACUCCCUCCCAAUGCGGCAUACCUUCGAGAAUCGUCUCCAUCGAUGAUUCUAUCCAGUUAUAACAAUACCUUCAUCCUCAAACCGUUUUCAACGGGCAGUCACUACAUUACACGGCGUUCAUGAUCGGCACGAUAACUCCUGUACGCAAUCAUUUCGUAUCUUUAGAACUAAUGCUUCAAAAUUGAACGGUAGAUCGAACGCCAGCCGUCAGUUCUGCCCCGUGAAGAAGGCGCUUCAGUGGUUCGUUUCAGCAGAUGUAGCACAUACAUACACGAUGUACUGCAUCCAAACGGCAAACAAAACUAACCGUGUAUGCCUAGCCGAGUGGGUGAAGAGGGUGCCGCCAUUCUUCGAAUGCGAUCAGCAAGGGCAACAAGCAAAUUUAAUAGAUAAUAUACCGUAUUGGCAAGUAACUCGGAACGGCAAAGUAGUGCAGCAAUUAAACAGUGCAGAAAUGAAUUAUUGAUUAAUAAAAUCAAAUCAACCGUAGA